AUGGCAGAGAGGAAUUACACGUUGGUGGCAGAGUUCAUUCUCGAAGGCCUGAGUGACCACCCGAAGAUGAAGGCAGUCCUCUUUGUGGUGUUUCUGAUCAUCUACAUGAUUACCCUUUUGGGCAACAUGGGGAUAAUUGUAGUCAUCCGAGGCGAUCCCCGACUCCACACAUCUAUGUACUUUUUCCUCGGUAGCCUCUCUGUUGUUGAUAUCUGUUUCUCUUCUGUCAUUGCUCCCAAGACUUUGGUGAACUUCCUGUCAGAGACGAAAACCAUUUCCUUUGUUGGCUGUACAGGGCAAGCCUUCUUUUAUAUUGUCUUUGUGACAACUGAAUGCUUUCUCUUAGCUGUAAUGGCCUAUGACCGAUAUGUGGCCAUCUGUAGCCCUCUUCUCUAUUCAGUUGUUAUGACUAGGAGGCGGUGUAUACAGCUGGUGGUUGGAUCAUACCUAGGGGGUAUCAUAAACUCUGUCAUACAGAUGAUCUUCAUCAUCAGACUGCCUUUCUGCAACUCCAAUGUUAUCAACCACUUCUUCUGUGAUGUCCCUCCCCUCCUUGCUCUGUCCUGUACCAACACCUACAUCAAUGAGAUGAUCCUCUUCUCCUUAGCUGGUGUUAUUGAGCUCAGCACUGUCUCCACCAUCCUGGUCUCCUAUAUUUUCAUCUCCUUUGCCAUCCUGAGGAUCCGUUCAGCUGAUGGCAGGCAAAAAGCCUUCUCCACCUGUGCUUCCCACCUGACGGCUGUGAGCAUGUUAUAUGGGACAACGAUCUUCAUGUAUUUGCGUCCCAGCUCUAGUUACUCUCUGAACAGUGACAAAGUGGUCUCUGUUUUCUACACAGUGGUGAUCCCCAUGUUGAACCCCCUCAUCUACAGCUUGAGGAACAAGGAAGUGAAGGAUGCUCUGAGGAGAACAGCAGAAAGAAUUGUAGCUGUACAUUGA